AGCUAAACUAUACGCAUCCAAAACUCUAAAACAAACUAGCUACAAAUUUUCUCACCAAACAUAGAAUUCACUCUAAUCUAAUCAAAGCAAAAUGAGCCAGGAACAACCUAAACGUCAUACCAAUCAAGAACCAAUCAAAUACGGCGACGUUUUACCCGUUUCCGGUGACCUCGCACAGAAGCCCAUUGCGCCAGAAGACGCCGCCAUGAUGCAGAGCGCUGAGAGCCGUGUGUUGGGCCAGACCCAACCCGGCGGAGUAGCAUCCGUCAUGCAAGCAGCCGCUACUAAGAAUGAGCAGGCAGGAAUCGUCGGGCACAAAGAUGUCACAGAUGUCACCGGCGACCGUGGCGUCACCGUCACGGAAACUCAACUCCCAGGAAGACGCAUAGUAACCGAAUCAGUCGGUGGACAGGUUGUUGGACAAUUUGUUGAACCGACUCCGCUUCAGUGUGCUCCAACCAGUCCGGUUCGAGAGAGUGCCUUAACCAUAGGGGAAGCACUGGAGGCGACAUCAUAUACCGUGGGCCAAAAGCCAGUGGAACAGAGUGAUGCCGCCGCUAUACAGGCGGCGGAGGUGAGAGCUACGGGGAGUAAUGUUAUAACACCUGGAGGGUUAGCUUCAAUGGCUCAAUCAGCUGCAGCUUUUAAUGCUGAUUGUCCUCGUGAGGAUGAGAAGAUUAAGCUGAGCGAUGUUCUAACAGGAGCUACUGCGAAGUUGCCGGCAGAUAAGGCGGCGACAAGGCAAGAUGCUGCGGGGGUGGCGAGUGCGGAGAUGAGGAACAGUCCUGAUGCUACUGCUACUCCUGGUGGUGUAGCUGCUUCUGUUGCUGCGGCUGCUAGGCUCAAUGAAAGUGUUACUAAUGUAAUGUAACCGCGAUGAUGAAUGGUGGUGUAUAUUAAUUAGUAGUUUCUUUUUCUUUUUUGAGAGAAGAUUACAAGUGGUUCUUGUGUCUUCUUGGUGUUUGCUUUGCUUUUGUUCAAGUUAUUUCGGGUGUAUGUGUUUUUCACUUAUGUUAAUAUCCAUGAUAGAUUACUAUUAUAGUUAA